GACAAAGCUAGCAGCACUCACAGUGCACCCAGGCCAGGCUGACAGUUAAACACAGGGCCUCAGCUGUGUCCACCUAAAAACGUCAGAGCGAUGCACUUCCUGGUUUUUAUUUACAUGGCUCUCGGUGGCUCUUAUGUAUAAUUCACAGCCAGGGAGAUGGAAUGAUCCUCGACAAACACGGCCGUACCUUGGGACAGUAUUCCUGUGUCUUCGCUCUGGAGAUUGCACCCUCUCUGGCUCUGCACUGAUCUGGGGGUGGUGGACUAACUCCAACGCUGCACCAUGGCCAAGGGCAACAAGCAGUCAAAAGAGCCCAAAGGCCGGAAGAUCACCCUAAAGAUGGCAAAGCUGGCUCUGAAGCUGACCGUGGACGGCAAACGUCGGCUGGACCUCAGCAACAUGGAGAUUGCCAGCUUUCCCAAGUGCAUCCUGAAGCUGUGUGAUGUGGACGAGCUGGACCUGAGCCGCAACAUGCUCAAGAAGAUCCCUGACUCCAUCGACAAGUUCAUCAACCUCCGCUGGCUGGAUCUCCACAGCAACCAGCUGGACCACGUCCCGGAAGCUAUCGGGCACCUCCAGAACCUAUACAGCCUCAACCUGUGUAACAACCUACUGAGCAGUAUAGGACUCCCCAACGAGAUCGGCCUCCUGCAGAAGCUGAGGAGCCUCAACCUGGGCAUGAACCUCCUUGAAAGCAUCCCGUCCUCCAUCGCAGCCCUCAAGGAGCUGCGCCACCUGGGCCUGUUCAACAACCACCUGACCCGGGUGCCCGAGUGCCUCCGCAACCUGCCCCACCUUGAGAGAGUCAACCUGAAGUGUAACCCAAUCCCCUCGGGGGAUGACAAAGGCAUAGACCCCAUCCAGAGGGUGGAAUGUCUGUACCUGGUGAGGGAUAGCUGCCUGUGUGCCUCCUGCCUCAAGAAGGUCAAAGACGCCAGGCAGAGGGUGGACAGCAGGCUAAACAGAGCCCCUGCUCAUGGGAGGUCCAUAUUCGCCGGCCUGAUCACACCCAACUCGGUGGCGCAGGAGGACCAGGCCACCUGGAGUAAGGAAUCUCACUAGGCCCAAGACAACAUCCCAGACAUAGUUUUUAUUUUGUAUUUUACCAGUGAAGGAGGCAAAAGCACAAACUGAUCUGGGACCAGGCUGGCAAAGACUGCCAACACAUUUCUGCACCAAGCGUGACGGCUUGAUAAG